ACUCUUGGUGGCCAAAUCUACCGAGAGGUCAGUCCAUGGAUCCUUGUUUUGCUUAUAUGAAUAUUCAUGCUAGGUUAUGUCUCGCAACGAAGAGUUCACUCAACCUGAUUCAUGUAUAGGUAAAUGGGUAAAGAUUGCAAUUUUGCUCCUCAGGCCGAGGAAAAAUCUGUUCCUCAGAACAAAAUCUGAACAAAGAAUUAGUAUUUUCGUACAAAAACCCUUUGGUUUGUCGUCUUGGGGGAGAUUUAGUGUUAAAAGGAGCUCCAAGUGGUCAUUGAUUUAGCUUACCUACCGGAUGAGUCCCUCUUGUUGAAUCAAAACCUAGUCUUGCUUAAUCCUAUGUAAGAAACUGAUGGAAUAUUUCGUUGUGGUAGUUGUUAAUGGCCUAUUUCUGAACUACGCAUAAAUAUCUUAGUGCAUUACAAGGAAUACUUGUAAGUGGCGCAGGAGGAGGGAGUUUACGAAUGGCAUAUGACCGCGUCUCCAACUUUGAAGGAGUGUAUAAAAGUCUUCACCUUCCAGCAGUCAUUAUCGGAGGAACUUUUGUGCUGAUUGCAUUAGCGCUGUCAACAAUACUCAUUCUGCAACACCUACGUGCAUACACUAAUCCUGCAGAACAGAAGUGGAUCAUUGGUGUCUUAUUCAUGGUUCCAGUAUAUGCCACUGAGUCUAUAAUAUCACUAUGGAACUCGAAAUUUUCUAUGGUUUGUGACAUCUUAAGGAAUUGCUAUGAAGCAUUUGCCUUGUAUUCUUUCUGGUGCUACUUGGUUGCCUGUCUUGGAGGUGAAGAUAGGGUUGUGGAACUACUUGAGAAUGCAGCUAGAGAAGAUAUCAGUGAGCAAUUGCUCAUGGAAGAAGAUGAUGAAGCUCAACAUCAGCAUUCACUAAAUGAUUUUGUAUUCCACCCAACUGUGCUCGGCAAAGAUUUAUACACAAUUAUAAAAUUUGGUAUUGUACAAUAUAUGAUACUGAAAACAUUAUGUGCCUUCUUGGCAUUGUUACUGGAACUUUUUGGAGUUUAUCGAGAAGGGGAAUUCAAGUGGUACUAUGGGUACCCAUAUGUUACGAUCAUCAUAAAUUUCAGUCAAAUGUGGGCUUUGUAUUGCCUCGUGCAGUUCUACAAUGUCACUCAUAGCAGGUUACAAGCUAUCAAGCCAUUAUCAAAGUUCAUAAGCUUUAAAGCCAUUGUCUUUGCAACUUGGUGGCAGGGUGUUGGUAUUGCAUUAGUCUGUUAUGUUGGUAUUCUACCAAAAUGGGGGAAAAUUCAAAAUGGUAUUCAAGAUUUUCUUAUCUGCAUUGAAAUGGCUAUUGCAGCAAUUGCCCAUGUAUAUGUAUUCUCGGCAGAACAUUAUAAAUAUCUGCCAGUUUCUGGUUGUGGGAAAAUAACAUCUGUAGAAUCUAAAACCAAAUCUAAAUUAGUUGAAAAUGCCAAGAACGGGCCAGCCACUGUGGAGCAGAAGGAAACACAUGUUGAAGCUCCUGGAACAAGAAUCACGGAGAGUGUUCAAGAUGUUGUUCUAGGAGGUGGCGAACAUGUGGUAAAGGAUGUGGCAUUAACCAUAUCUCAAGCAAUUGAACCCGUCGAGAAAAGUGUCACCAAGUUCCAGGACACCAUUCGUCAUAUCUCUGUUGGCUCUGAUAAAGGAAAAAAACCUGAAGUUGAAGUAGACGAACGUGUUACAGAGAACUUUGUGGAUCUGAAAUUGGAAUUCAGCUCCGAAAUGAAAGUUGAGUCUGAAAAUACAGAGAAUCUUGGUCACCACAAAUCUGUAGUCAAUUCUGAAGUGAAAGUAUGAAGCUGAAAGUUGCCCAAGAUGACGGUGCUUUGUGCCUCAAGAUGUCAAAUGCACAAUAUCUUUGUUGUCAAAGUUACAGUUGGUUUAGACUUUGGUAUACACUAGCUUCAUAUUGAAAGUUUGUAAUGGUUGUCCAUAGUUUCUUGUUCCAUAGUUGCUUCUAUCUCUGAGAAAAGGGUCUGUCCUGUGGAGUUAUUAGUGAUCAAGUGUAUGUUUUAGCAAUGGCAGCAUUUGAUAGAAGAUUUAUUUUGCUUUGUAACAUCUUAUCAUGUAAAAAUAUCUGGCAAUGGUAUUCAAUA